ACUUCGAAAAAAGAAAAAGACAAAACCUUUCGGACACUCCUAAAAAUAUCAUAAACUGACGGACACACUCACUCACAGAUGGGUAUUCUCAGAUUAUCUAUGUCUCAAUAGCAAUCUUAGAAGAAGCUCGUGUUCUGCUUCGGUGGCGUUGAUGAUGCUUACGCGACAGGAUAUAUUCAUUGCCUAGAUUGCUAAAGCUUUUAGGGAAAAAGAGAGAAGCUUUGUGCCUUUUUUCUUUAAAAAAAUGGCUGUUUGGUCACCAUCAGCUGGGAUAGGAUCUUGUUGUCUUCUUAACAAUGACAUCACUGAAACAUGGAGGUUUCCUUCUGUCUGUUUUCCAGCGUGUAAGAACAAGACUAAACGCGGAUCUGAGACACUGAGAGUUACAAGAAAACAUAUCUCAAGGGAUUUGGUUACAAGUGCGUUGCAAAGUUAUCAUCAUCGGUUGAGUAAGAUUCGUGCUUCAAAAACUUCUACCGAACUGAAAGAAGAGGUAUCUACAAGAAGCGCUAAGGUUGAUGACCUAAAGAAGAAGGUAACAACAACAUCCUAUUUGUUCAGGACCAAGUCUGGUGCUCUUGUUAAAGUUAAAGUCGAAAAGAAGAGGGAGGAAAAGUACAGUAUCAUGGUUUAUGUCUCAUCCUUGGAACUGAGUAGUAGUAGUCUGGUGAUGGUUUGGGGUGUCUACAGGUCUGACUCUUCUUCUUUCUUGCCUCUUGAUUUCGAGAGCUCCUCUCAAGAUUCACAAACCCACACAACGGAAACUCCCUUUGUUAAAAGCUCCUUGUCUGAUGAUGAGUUAAUGCUUGGGCUAGAGUUUGAUGGGAAAGAGUCUCCUUUCUACCUAUCGUUUCGCCUGAAGGAUCCGAAUGGUGUAGAAAUGCUGACUCACAGGGACACAUACUUCUGUAUCCCGGUUGGUUUUACUGCUGGUCGUCCUUUGCCACUAGGCCUGUCCCCUGGAGCAGAUGCUGAGUCGUGGAACUUCGCCUUCUUUUCAAGAAACUCGAAGAGCGUGGUUUUAUGCUUGUAUGAUGAUACCACAACCGAUAAGCCUGCUUUAGAGCUUGAUCUUGACCCUUAUGUCAACAGAACAGGUGAUGUCUGGCAUGCUUCAGUUGAGAAGACAUGGGAGUUUGUUAGAUAUGGGUUCCGUUGCAAGGAAUCAUCUACUCACUCUGAAGAAGAAGAAGAAGAUAUUGUUUUGGAUCCAUACGCCACAGUUAUUGAGAAAUCCAUCUCUCAGAAGUUUCUUGGAAGCUUAUACAAAAACCCUUCCUUUGAUUGGGGAAGAGAUGUGUCUCCAAACAUACCACUGGAGAAACUCAUCGUUUACAGGUUGAACGUAAAGGGCUUUACACAGCACAAGUCCUCCAAGUUGCCGACUAACACAGCAGGGACUUUCACCGGUGUAGCUGAGAAAGUGAACCAUUUGAAAACACUUGGAGCCAACGCUGUUCUCUUGGAGCCAGUGUUCUCCUUCUCCGAGCAAAAUGGUCCUUACUUCCCAUUUCAUUUCUUUUCACCAAUGGACAUGUACGGCGCAGCUAACUCGAUGAAAGAGAUGGUAAAGAGACUGCACAGUGAAGGGGUUGAGGUGCUUUUGGAAGUAGUUUUUACACAUACUGCAGACUCUGGAGCUCUCCGUGGCAUUGAUGACGGUUCUUAUUAUUACAAAGGAAGAGCUAAUGAUUUGGAUUCCAAAAGUUACUUGAACUGUAACUUUCCUGUUGUUCAGCAGUUGGUUCUAGAGAGCCUGCGUUAUUGGGUGACUGAGUUUCACGUAGAUGGGUUUUGUUUCAUCAAUGCUUCCUCUCUCUUGAGAGGCGUCCACGGUGAGCAUCUCUCUCGUCCUCCCUUGGUUGAAGCAAUAUCUUUUGAUCCACUCCUUGCAGGAAGAAAACUCAUUGCUGAUUGCUGGGAUCCAUAUGACAUGGUCAUGGUGACAAAGGAAGUACGGUUCCCUCAUUGGAAGCGAUGGGGGGAACUCAACACAAGAUACUGUCGAGAUGUGAGAAACUUUGUGAGGGGAAGAGGCCUUCUCAGCGAUCUAGCUACUAGAAUCUGCGGAAGCGGUGACGUAUUCACAGAUGGAAGAGGUCCUGCUUUCUCCUUCAACUACGUUUCAAGAAACUCAGGACUCUCUCUUGUGGACUUAGUCAGUUUCAGCGUUGGCGGCGGCCCUGAGCUAGCGUCAGAGCUAAGCUGGAACUGUGGGGAAGAAGGAGCAACGAACAAAUCAGCUGUUCUUCAGACAAGGCUGAAGCAAAUCCGGAACUUCUUGUUUAUACAGUACAUUUCGCUUGGAGUCCCUGUGCUCAACAUGGGAGAUGAAUGUGGAGUCUCUACAAAAGGAUCGCCGUUGCUGGAAUCACGGAAGCCCUUUGACUGGAACAUGUUGGCGUCAGCUUUCGGUUCACAGAUCACGCAGUUCAUCUCUUUCAUGACUUCGGUUAGAGCAAGGAGAAGCGAUGUGUUUCAGAGGAGGAACUUUCUGAAACCUGAGAACAUUGUUUGGUAUGCAAACGACCAAACUACUCCGAAGUGGGAAGACCCUGGUUCCAGAUUCUUGGCGUUGGAGAUCAAAGCAGAGACAGAGGUAGAAACAACCGCGUUGUUACCUGUUGAGCCAACCGAGCCAAAGAACAAUGACCUGUUCAUUGGGUUCAAUGCAAGUGAUCAACCUGAGAAUGUUAUUUUACCUUCACUUCCUGAUGGAAGGGAAUGGAGGCGGUUGGUGGACACAGCUCUUCCUUUCCCAGGGUUUUUCUCUGUUGAAGGAGAGACAGUUGUAGCAGAAGAAGAAGAAGAGAUGUUACAACCAGUGAUGUAUGAGAUGAAGCCGUACAGUUGCACCCUUUUUGAAACCAUCAAUGCUACUACUGCUUAGAAACUCAAAUUGUGAUCUUUUUGUAUAUGUUGAAUAUUGUGUUAUCAUGUUUGAAAUAAGAUUUAUUUAAUCAAAUCAAUUAGACUACAAGAUUUCCGCAGAUCAGUGAUCAUUCUAACAAAUGUAAUUACCGGUUCUGAUAAGAGGUGUCCAUGAAAUGAAACAUGCCUUUUAUGGA